AUGAACCAAUAUGAACUUGCUGUUGAACAUUUAAACAAAGCAAUUGAGCUUUAUAAUACUUGGCCCAUAUAUACUGAUGUUCCUGCCGAUCGUGACGAAGGUAUUGCAAGAUCAUAUCAUCAGUUAGGUCGUUUGCAUAAGAAUUGCGAUCAUUAUAAUGAUGCUCAAACCGUUCUUGAUCUAGCGCUGAAAAUGAGACAAGACACGUGGUAUAAUAAUGAUGAUUUGACCUAUGAGCGUCAUCGUCGACUAGCUCUUGCACGAGCUCACACCUACGAAGUGUUGGGUAUUAUUCAUGUGAAUAAAAGUAAAUAUCAUGAGGCUCUCAAAAACUUUGAAGAAACACUCACUUUACGCCAGAAGUAUUUGCCUGCAAAUCAUUUUUACAUUGCUGAUAUCUACAACAAUUUCAGUCUUGCUCAUUCUAAGAUGGGAAAUUCAAAUGAGUCUCUAGUUUAUCUUGAAAAAGCACUCGAUAUCCAACGUCAGUCAUUACCUUCAAAUCAUCCAAAUCUAGCUACCAUGUAUAAUAAUAUCGGUGCUACUCAUUGGGAAGCGUGUCAAUAUGAUAAAGCACUACCUUACUUUAAAGAAGCCCAAAGAAUUGCAAAAAUAGCCCCAUAUGGUAGUAUUCAUACUAAAUUAGAACUUACUAUAAUGAGUAACUAUGCUUCGGGUCUUCGUACCUUAAACAAAUAUGAUGAAGCAUUAGUAUACUACAACAAAGCAUUGUUAAUAGCUCAACGUAUGGAUAAAAAUAAUCCUGUUAUCAUUAGUCUUUUAAACAAUAUCGGCUUUAUCCACUCAGAUAAGGGAGACAAGCUUCGCGCUGUGCAGUAUUUUACUAAGGCAUUGCCUCUAUGCCAACAAAUUUUUGGCGAAAAUCAUGUACUUACAGCCACAACUUACAAGAGUUUAGGAGACGAACUUGAAAUUGAUGAAUACGAUCGUGCAAUGAGUUAUUUUCAACGUGUGUUUGAUAUACAUGAUCAUUUAAAUCUUCCAUACCAUAGAAAUGUUAUUGACAGUCUGGUUUUUAAAGGACGUUUGCAUAGAAAAAUGCAUGAGCAUGAUUUGGCUCUUGAAAUAUACAAGAAAUCUUUGGCAUUAGCUGAGAAGCAUUAUCCUGAAGAUCAUCCGCUGGUAAUUCGAUCUUGUUCAUAUGUUGCUUUAGCGCUUACUGACCAUGGUGACGACUACUUGCUAGAAGCAGUGAAUAUGUAUGAAAGAGCAUUGAAAUUAACAUCACCCAAUGACCCUGAACGAGCACGUAUGCAGCGACUUCUGGACGAUGCACGUCAGAGGAUCAAUGUUUAA